AUGAAGCCUUUUCAUGACAUUACAUUCUGCCCAACUGGAAUUGAGAGUGAGUCUGUAUCAAGAUCAAUUUCCAAAAAAAUUUUCAAGCUAGGAGGUAACUACUCAAAGGACCUCACGCGACAAGUUAAUGUGCUCAUAUGUGGAUCAAAGAGCACAAACAAGUACAAAUUCUCCGUGCGAAAUCGUCACGACAUUUUGUUCAUAGAUCCUGAUGCAAUCGAUGUUCUGUAUAGAAGGUGGCUCGCAGGAGAUGAUAUUGGAGAUUGUCUGAAAUUGCUGAGAGAAAGAUAUUCAAAUAAACCACUGACAGAUUUUCUAAUCUUCAUCGGUAGAAUUCACGAUAAAUCAGCACAGUACAUCCAAGAGCUUGAAAGAAUCUGUCAGCUGGGUAGUUGCUACAAGUGCUACACAACGCAUUUUGUCAAGGAUACCAAGACAUUUCAACGUGGCGAUGUUGUUUUCGUCUCUAGUUCGCUUGAGGGUACUCGGGUCCAAGCUGCAUUGGAGCAGGGUCUUCCCAUUGUACAUUAUAAGUGGUUACUGGAUUGUCACCGAAGGAAUGCUACUCUGGAAUACGAUCCUUACUAUUUAGUAACCAAUAUUCCGGAACAUACGCCAUUUGAAAAAAUUGGUAUAGAUUCAUGCGAUUGCUGGGAUCAACUGUCUUCAGUAGUACCGGUAUCGGAAGUGGCUAUUGGUGUUUCAGCGAAUGGUGCUAGCGCCACGGCGGCUAUUACCGGUAAUCCACUUACAAGAUUCAAAUCACAGGGCGAUAAAAUCUGGGAAAAAGUCAUGGCUGUAGAUCAUCCCAAAGCCAAGGAAGUGGCUCCUUUGAAUUCACGUGGUAAAGCUCUCAAAGAGGUGUCUCUUGAAAAUUCAGUGUUUGAGAACUGCUCUUUUGAAAUUUCGAACAUAUUUGAAACUAAUCAUCGCGAUAUCCUUCAAAGAGUCAUCGAACAGAAUGGGGGAAUAGUGUCAGAAUCCCCCACCACUUAUCAUAUCAUACCCAGCAAUGCUCCACUGAAUGAGUGCGAACUGAAUGAUUGCGAACUGAAUGAUUGUGCGAGUGCCGUCAUUAUUACAGAAUUUUUCAUCGAAAGAUGUCUGCAUUAUAAAAAAAUAAUUUCGCCACCAGAUACUUGGUCAAGGCCAUUUCUAAUUACGAACGAUGUGCAAUUAAAGCCAUCCAAGUAUUUAGUGCAUACGGCUAAUCAGGCUUUAAAAGUUGCCAUUACUGGUUUCCAUGGAGUGGAAUUACUACAUUUAUCAAAAAUUUUACAAAUAAUGAAACCGAUGGGUAUUGAAUUAACAGAGUAUUUGAAUAGCUCAGCAGAUCUCUUAAUUAUUAACUUGUCAGCUUUGUCUAGCAUACCGAAGACCCAUGCUCUUUGGCGCAAUUGCUAUGGAGAUCUCUUCGCAUUGCAAGAGACCAAUUCAAAAAAUCAAAUACUUCGAAAUUCUAUGAAGCGUAAAAUUGAAUUCAUUAAACAAUCCCAUUCCAUUCCAGGAGUCACUCCUUCAUUUCUUUUUGAUAUCUUCAAAAAAUCAUCUUAUUUGUCAGAAAAUAAAAGAGACCACGUUUAUUUGAAUAACAUCAACUGGUGCAUCAUCUGUCCAAGAGGUAUAAAAGAUAAUUUUAUGAUCGAGUUAAGUCCAAAAGUUAGCAUUGGUCACAAAAAGGAAAUCCCCUUUAAUACAGCAGCUACAGGAUCUAGUCCACAUAUUAAGGAAGCCAGGUUAGAGUUUCUGGAGAAAAUAAAGGAAUCAGAAUCGGUGCAAUCAGAAUCAAGAAAAAGAACUAAUCUCGAACCGGAUUUACCUUCGCAACCAUUAUCAAGCACUCCCAUAAAGAAAGUACACUCAAAUGUUGUGUCAUUUGAAAGUAAAUCAAAUUCCCGGCCGUCUAGUUGGGGAAAUAUAAUGUCCGAUAGAGUUCAUGAGGCUCCGAACAAGUCCAUGGAAUUAGCCAAUGAUCAACCACCUAUAGAUUCAGCAAGCUUCACUCAGGUUACUUACGGUACUACAGGAGAUAUUCCUACGGGUAAAGCUGUACGCAAACUUACCAAAAAGCAUAUUAAAGAUAUAGGUAUUUAG